GGCAACUGCAUUCAGUGAACUUCCAUGGUCUGUUUCAUGUGAGCAGUUUCAUGUUGGCAUACACCCACCGUACCGCGGCUGAUCAAAGGCAAAGGCAAGUUACGAACCUGGGAUGCUCUUGAGCACUUCGGCACAGUCAACGUCAACAUGAGUGCUAGUGGUAGUAGCGAUUGCGAGAAGACUGGCGGCAAUGCCAAGGACGUGGACGCCAACGCCGUGGAUUCCGAGGCCACGGGCAACAUGGCGGGGUCGUUAGAAUCGUUGCAGACGCCGGUAGAGGGCACGUUGACGAGUGCAUCUGUUGUAGAGAAACAGACUCCAUGCAACAACGAUCAUAUUAAGGAAGAAGGCAAGGCAAAGACUAAUGCGGAAUCGACAUUGGAUAUCACCUUGCCAGAGCGUAUGCCCAUACCAACGCCCUUACCAAUGCCCAUACCCUUACCCUCGGGCCGACCGGACUCAUUACCGGGAGCUUAUGCAGUGGGUACAAGUUUCGCUGGUCUCAUUACGAGUUUUGCUCGUCGCACCGGGGAGGACAGCGUUAUUGCUGGUAACGAAGCAGAACCAGAGGAUUCUCCUAGCGAAUCACCACCGCUAUUGCAGGGUACCCUUGUAGGUCCCCCAAGGAACCGCAGGAGACUCCAAGCCGCAUCGUGCCACCCAGCAAUGGUGCAUACUUCUCAGCUUCCUAUCACAGGGACAGCUGUUCGCGAUGAUGAUAAUGGCCAAAAGAGACGUGCAGCGCUGUUUGCAUUGGCCGUGGUGGUCAUGCUGGCCGUUAUUGUAGCUCUCGUCUUGGGACUCCUCGGAGUAUUCGCCGGAAACAACGAGGGAGAACCACUCCAGAUUCUCGCGGGAAGCAAAGAAGAAAAUACAAAUGACAGCCUUUCAACUCUCCAACGAAUCAAACAGGAAGGUAUCUUACGAUGUGAAUAUCGUGAGGUUCCCAAUAACAUAACGGAUAUUCCCGGAUUCAGCUACAGCUUUUGCCUUGCAGUGGCAGCCGCCAUCUUUGGACAAGAGACUGCUAAGGACAAGAUCGACUUUCAAAAAUUUAAGAAUCGGACCUCUCUGUUUGCACCUCUUGUGGAAGGGCAAGUGGACUUGUACUGUUCUGGAUACACACAUACCAUGGAACGGGAUGUACUCCAGACUCAGGUCAAGACUGGCUUGUCCUUUACCGCUCCUUUUCUAUACAUAGGAAUGGCCGUUGCUGGUGAUCCCUUUCAUGUUGGCUGUGUAGAAGACAACUUUAGACACCUCUAUGAGUGUCAGAGCUUGAAAAUUUGUGUUAGACAGGACACAACCUAUGCAAGUAUAGUACAAGCUGCCAUACCAAGACGCUAUAUUGUACCAGUGGAAACUGUGGGCCAUGCUACCAAAGGGUUUGUCAAGGGUGACUGCAACGUCAUUGCUUUGGGGAGUUUCGCUGCCUUGAGUGCAGAGGAGAUAGCAGCUGCUGGAUACAAUGGGAGCUAUGUGCGGAGUGAACGCUACUUCUCCAAAGAACCUUUGGGCCUUGCAACCAGAAAAGACGAUCCAGAAUUCACGGCCUUUGUGGCUGCCAUUCUGGAUUCUCUCUUUGUGGCAGAGCUACACAACAUCACUCAGGCCACUGCCCACUUGUUUCCUCCCAUGCAAAUCUUUGGCAUUGACUCUCAAUACAUGUUUCAAGAUGCCAUUUCUGCUGUGGGAAACUAUGGUGAAAUCUACAAACGCCAUUUGGCCAGAGGUAUUCCUCGGGCCACACUCAACGAGGUCAAUCAAGGAACCACAGGAUUGCUCUUUUCACACCCAUUUGGUGCCAUUGGAGAGAACACAAGAGAGGAAGACAAGAUUCCACUCGGAGAUGAUGUCCAAUCAAUUGUGGAAAGAGGGAGUGUCCGAUGUGGUAUUAGUGCCAAUGCAGAAAGGGCUGGUUUUGCGUCCAAAGUGAAUAGCACUGUUUCAUCUGUGGCUUACGAGGGAUUCGAGAUUGAUCUCUGUCAAUCCCUAUCCACUUCAUUGUUUCAAGGCCAGCCCAACAAGAUACAGUUCGUCGAGGUGGAGAAGCCCGAACAUGGCUUUGCUCUCCUUGCAAGUGGUGCAAUAGAUGUUUUGGCUGGAGUGACAAGCAGUCUCCAGAACCGUGUCAAGGAACCAUCCACAGGACUAGGCUACUCCUUUUCUGUGCCCUACUUUUAUGAUUCUGUACACAACAGCAAUCUCUGCAUGGCCACCAAUCAAGAUGCCCACGACUGGUCUGUGUGGGUGUACUGGAUUGUCACUGCUUUGAUCUUUGCGGAGGAGCAAGGCAUUGGUCAAGAAACAUCCAACAUGAUGCCAGAGGUCCUGCUGUUUGGUAACCAGUACAAGCGGAUGUUUCGAGAUGCCAUUUUGGAAGUGGGGAACUAUGGCGAUCUUUUCGAUCGGAACUUGAAGGCCAUCAACAUCCCACGCACUGGCCAGAACAUGCUCAAUCAAAACUCCAAUCAAGGACCACAGCACUAUGCACCUCCAGGGUUUAUCUAAGAAAUGAUCGUCGAGCUGGAGGUGUAGAACCAAAAUGCCCAUGAACCUCCAAGAGGCUGGUUACUUGUGUCACCAUCGGGAUCUGCUGAUUUGCAUGACGUAGUGGUAGCUCUCCCAGUUUUGUUUAUAAUUAGUUUUUAGUGAUGUUCUUUCUACUCGGGCACCGCGAAUAUUAUUUAUUCCGAUGAGACGAACACCCAACCUGGAUUUUGAAUAGCGGUGACAUCACGGAUCAACUCACAUCCUUACCCAAGCUAGCC